AUGACUUAUCUGCACAAGGUAAUAUGUACCCGACUGCAAGAGCAAGGUCAUCUGAAAAAUAGUAAUGGAUCUAAAUAUGACGGGGUUAUUGACUAUGCUAAUAAGGUGUUUCAAAAUGAAGGCAUUUUAGGGUUUUAUCUCAGUUGUGCAACUAAUCUGUUAAGAACAACUCUAUCUGUUAUUAUUACAUUCACCAGUUACGAGGUUACUCCGUUAUGGUCCUCGUCAGAUGCACCAACGAUAUUUCCGCAUUUCCUCUUACUUUCGAAAUUGUCUACGGCGACAUCACUGACUUUUCCUCACUUCAUUCCGCCUUACCAGACUGCUCAGUCGUCUUCCAUGUUGCCACUCUUGUUGGGGCUUGGUUUUCUGAUCCCUCUAAAUUCAUCUCCGUAA